GACAAUAGGACACAAAAUUAAUAUUAGUGGUUUGUAAACAUCUUGAUCUUUCACCACAUCUCCUAGGAAACCAACUCCUCAAGUUACAAAACCAGUAAGCCAAGCUGAACACAAUAAGCAUUUCUUGGAUUUCUGGUAUAGACUAAGGAAGUAGCUACAUGUAUCUAUUUAUAGUGUACAGUAGAAUACACUAGAUAUCUCCUAUCAGGAAUUUGAACUCUUGCUCCUAUAUAAUAGCUGCAAGCUCAUGCAGUCAGUAUAACUGUGCUUUCAACAUCAUAAAAAGAGUAAGAAAGGAUCAAAAGAAGAAUGAAGAAUCAAGCUUUGUUAAUGUGUCUGCUUGCUUUGACAACUACAUAUGCAGUGGAGUGCUUACCAAUUAAAAUUGAAGAUGUAAGGGAAAAUAAUGAAAUUGCUGAAGAAAGGACAAUUGUUUAUGACCCAACUGUAGACACUGAUUUCACAAUAAAAGUUGGAGAUAUAACUUACUUCACAAAGAACUACCGAGAGCUAUUGAAUGAGAAGCUGAGUUAUAAAGAGUCCUCGCAGGGAAAACAAAAGAGAGCCGUUGUCAACCCCAAGAGUUGGCAAUGGCCCAACUGUGUCAUUCCUUACAUUAUAGAUGAAUUCUAUUCUGAGAAACAACAGCGUGUCGUAACCGAGGCAUUGGCGCAUUGGGAGGAGCACACCUGCGUACGCUUUAGGAAGAGGACAACUGAAGAUAAUUACAUCUUCAUCUAUCCUGGUCCAGGGUGUGGAUCAUAUGUUGGCAGAACAUCCAAUCAACAGAGGGUUUCGAUUGGCCCGUCUUGCUUUUCAUUUAGUAGUGCAGUGCAUGAGCUUGGACAUGUUAUCGGAUUCUACCACGAACACAACAGGCCUGACAGAGACGAGUACAUUGAUAUAAUCGAGAAUAAUCUUAAACCGGGGAGGAGUGUACUCUCACAGUUCACAAAACUCAGUCAUGAUGAAGUGGAUUUACUUGGAGUUGGAUACGACUACAACAGUGUUAUGCAUUACGAUAAAAACUCUUUUGCACACAGUUCUCAUCUGGAUACGAUAGUUGCACUUGAUCCAAGUAUACCAGUUGGAGAAGCCCAUACUUUGAGUUCUCUGGAUAUCCUUAGAGCCAACCUCUUCUGUAAAUGCUCAAAUUCUACUGAAGACCACCCCCCAAGAACGACCUUUGUGCCAGAUGAGAUAGUGUCCGAGCCAACCCUUCCACCUCACGAGUUUGCAUGUGGCAGUGUCUUCGAUGGUGUCUCGAAUGGCUCCUUCAGCUCACCAGACUAUGGCGUCUACUCACACGAUACCGACUGCGAGUGGACAAUCAGAGUUGAAGAGGGGUAUCGAAUAAGGUUCACAGUAGAACUGGAUAUGGACUACAACCGAGGCUGUGUAAAUGACUACUUACAUAUUCACGAGAACUUUAACCAAAAUGGAUACGGUAUCGGAAAGUAUUGUCAAUCAUCGGAUCGAAUUAUCAACACCUAUACGACUACCAAUAUUGCGUACAUUCGAUUCCACACUGAUAGCUCAAAUCAGAGGGCUGGCUUGAAAGGAUUCAAUUUAAGAUUUGAGUCUGAAGAUUUCGAUGAGUGUGCGUAUGGUGCAUACUGUUCUCACAACUGUACAAACUUUCCUGGAUCAUAUGAAUGUCACUGCCCUAAAGGAUUCUUCUUAUCCAGUGACCACAAGCAAUGUUUUGAUGUGAAUGAAUGUGCCCUGGACAAAGGGGGCUGUGAUCACAAGUGUAUAAAUAAAGGCGGCUCUUUCCACUGUGUGUGUGAGGAUGGCUACAGGCUACUCUCUGAUGGGAAAACAUGUGUUGUAGAUGGUGAUGGAACCAUGGACCCUUGUUUGAUUGCCAAAUGCGAGCAUUCCUGUGUAGUUGUCCCUGGUGACGUUCUUACGGCCAGAUGUUUAUGCCCUAAGGGGUACGACCUCUCAUCAGACAGGGUGUCUUGUGAUGAGGAGAACGAGUGCCUCACAAGAAAUGGAGGCUGUCAACAUUUCUGCACAAAUAUUCCAGGGUCGUACGAAUGCAGCUGUAUCAAGGGGUACAAAUUGGCAGAUAAUGGAUUUGCUUGUGAAGAUGCUGAUGAUAUCGUUGACCCUUGUUUGAUUGCCAAUUGUGAGCAUUCCUGUGAGGUUGUCCCUGGUGACGUUGAUACGGCGAGAUGUUUAUGCCCUAAGGGGUACGACCUCUCAUCUAACAGGGUGUCUUGUGAUGAGGUGAAUGAGUGCCUCACAAGAAAUGGAGGCUGUCAAGAUUUGUGCACAAAUGUUCCAGGGUCGUACGAAUGCAGCUGUUCCAAGGGAUACAAAUUGGCAGAUAAUAGACUUACUUGUGAAGAUGAUACCGUGGACCCUUGUUUGAUUGCCAAUUGUGAGCAUUCCUGUGAGGUUGUCCCUGGUGACGUUGAUACGGCGAGAUGUUUAUGCCCUAAGGGGUACGACCUCUCAUCUAACAGGGUGUCUUGUGAUGAGGUGAAUGAGUGCCUCACAAGAAAUGGAGGCUGUCAAGAUUUGUGCACAAACGUUCCAGGGUCGUACGAAUGCAACUGUUCCAAGGGAUACAAAUUGGCAGAUAAUGGACUUACUUGCGAAGAUAUCGAUGAGUGUGCAGACAACAACGGUGGAUGUUCUGGUCACUGUACAGAUUCUGACGGAUCAUAUCAAUGCUUUUGUGAUAGCGGAUCCACUCUUCAACCGGACGGACAUUCUUGUACUCUCGAUAAAAUUGAGUUUGUAAUUGAGCCUGAAACGAUCGUAAUUGAGACUACUAUAGAAGACAUCAUUGAUCCUAAAACUAUCUUGUUGUGUGGAGGAUUGUCAACUGCUGCCGCUGGUAGCAUCCAAACCCCAUCCUGGCCCGAGACCUACCCUGUAAAUUUCGAGUGUCAAUGGGACAUCCAGGUGCCAUCGACAGACUGCAAUGUUGAAUUGAGCUUUGAUAUUAAUGCAUUUGGAAUAGCAGGAAAAUCUUCUCAAAAUUGCCCCAAAGAUUACCUGAAAAUAUACGAGAAAUUGAAUUACACCAUUUGUGACCUUGCUAGACCUUCUCCCAUCACUACAACAGGCAAUACCAGACUAUACUUCUUUGCUGGACCAAAGCACGGCCCUAAGCGUAAGGGAUUCAGGAUUGAGUAUACGAUAGUCUGUCCAACCACUCCCCCGCCCACCACCAGGCCAACUACAGUAUCCACAACAACACCAUAUCCAACCACUCCCAUACCCACCACCAGGCCAACUACAGUAGCCACAACAUCACCAGAUCCAACCACUUCCCCGCCCACCACCAGGCCAACUACAGUAGCCACGGUAACACCAGGUCCAACUAUUAGACCUACCACUCGCCCUACCACGACUACACCUCCAACCACCCUCGCCCCCACUACGCUACCACCACCCACUCCGAAUUGCCCUGUUUUACCAUCCAACCCUCCGGGAAAGUUUGCUUGUGGUGGAUUCAUGAACGUUAAUGACAUGUUCGGACCAACUAAUUUGCCCUUAGGCCCUAUCCUCCCUGGCACCAUAAAUCCUGAAUGCAAUUGGAUAAUUUUCGGUGCUGGAACAUUCAAAGUCAUGUUCACUUAUUUCGAUAUUCCCAGCAGUGAGCAAUGUUCGUCCAAUUCUGUUUCGGUGUAUGAUGGAUUUGGAACUAGUGCUCCAUUGAUUGAGAAGAUGUGUGGGGAGAAGUGUGGCGAGUACACAGUCACAGGGACAGGAAGUAUCUUGACUGUGACUUUACGGGUGUCUUCCCCAGGAUCGUUUAGAGGAUUCUAUGCACAAUUUAAACAAAUUUAACUGAUUCAAAAAUAAUUGAUCUUCACAUUGUAUUUUAAUCCAUAAUCUUUUACUGUGAAUUGAAACAUUUUCGAAUUCGUUAUACUGCUGUAUAAUUACAUGUACAUAUACUUGUCUAAUUAAAUGUGCCAACAAUAACCAGACUGCAUGUUAGCU